AUGAAUUUUGCUGCUGAGCCUCUCCUGGAGGCUGAGUUGAAUCACCUCUUGGAAAACAAAGGCGGGCUCGACGUAUCAGACUACGGACAGUUUGGGGACUUGAUGCUGGGGGAGAGAUGUGAGCUGGUGCUGUGGAUACAAAAUAAGGGCUCCGAGUCUCAAAGACUGAAGUGCUGUGACUUUGCUGGGUGGGACUCUGAAGAGCAGUUUACCGUGGUUACUGUCAGUACAUCACCCAACCAGAGACAGAAACCUGUUCACAAAAAUUUAAAAGAGUCCUCAGAGAAACAAGUCGGAGAUGCAAAGGAAGUAGAAAGAGAAAAUGGUGCAAUGCAGACAGACACAGUCCUACCUCACGACGCAAGAAAGGAGAGAGAGGUGGAAAUAUCCCCAGGAGAAAGAGUGUCUGUUGUUAUAGCCUGCAAAGCAAAGAGCCUUGGAUGCUGUACUGAGCUACUGUUGCUGCACUUCUCUUCUUUCACCAUCGGGAGGCGUCUUCUGGUCACAGUGGGCAGUGAGGAUGAAAACCUGCUGAAGCCCUCUGAGGUUUAUUGUCCCAGUAAUGCCAAGGUGCUCUCUAAAGCCUCCUGCCAUGUUGUCACCGUCUCAGCUCCAAAAAAUGUGCCGAGGCUCAGUAAGCGACGGUUGCCAAACUUCCUGCCAAGCUUUCCGGUGCCGAAGGUUCUGAGAGACUGCUUGGAGUCACAGAAGGACGUGCUGGCUGUUCAGCCAUGCUUAGGAGAGGCUCUCUCACCAUCCAACAUGUAUUCAAGAUUCUCGACCCUCCUGUGGCUUGAAGAGCUGAACGCAGAAAGAGAAUUAAGGGAGUUCUCCAUCAAUGGAGCGCUCCUCCGCAAAGGAGGCACCCACCUGCACCUCGAUGUGCUUGGGCUGGCUGAAGGCAGACCUUGUCUCAAUAUAGGGGACAGAGUUUUACUGAAGAAGCUACAGAGCGACGGUUUGGAGAUGGAGUACAUCAGCUACGUCACUGAGAUCAACGAGGAGAAUGUGAGUUUGAGAGUGAAUUCAAACUUUCACCACAGUUACCUGGGCGAACCUCUUGAUGUCGAGUUCACGUACAACAGGUUAACCACAAGGCGAUGUCACAAUGCUCUUGAGCUGACAAAUCAUUUUGGGGAGAUUCUCUUCCCCACCAGAGUGAGGCCUCAAACCCACUUGUGGACUGGAGAAUGGAUGGACGAGAAUCCACCAACGGAAAAUGGAGACGCUUCGAGCGCGUGUGUCAAUAUGAAGUCGAAGGCCACACAGAGUAAAGGCAAAGGAAAACAAACCUCCAAACCAAUGCCCAGCAAAGGGCAGUUUUUUAACCCAGACCUUAACCCUUGUCAGAAGGAGGCAGUGAAGAGGAUCCUGGAGGCAGAAUGUCGCCCUCUUCCUUAUGUGCUGUUUGGACCUCCAGGAACCGGGAAAACCAUCACUCUUAUUGAAAUCAUACUGCAGGUCUACCACUUUCUGCCCAGCAGUCGGGUGCUCGUCUGUACUCCAUCCAACAGCGCCGCUGACCUCAUCUGCGUGCGUCUGCAUCACAGUGGCUUUCUGCAUACCGCUAGCCUGGCCCGUGUUAACGCCUCCUCUAGAGAGACUGAGUCUAUUACCGAAGUGUUGCAGCCGUACUCACGGGCUGGAGAAGACAUCCGUCAUGCUGCUUUCCACAGGAUUGUCGUCAGCACCUGCUCCAGUGCUGGCAUGUUCCAUAAUAUUGGAAUACAAGAGGGACAUUUUACUCAUGUGUUUCUGGAUGAAGCUGGUCAAGCCACAGAGCCCGAGUCUCUGAUCCCCAUCAGCUUCAUUUCAGAGAGAGAUGGACAGAUAGUGCUGGCUGGAGACCCCUGCCAACUGGGUCCCAUAGUGAAGUCCAACCUUGCCAUGGCCUUUGGGUUGGGCAUGUCUUUACUGGAGAGACUGAUGGCCAACCCACUAUACACCAAACAGGACUGGGGAUAUAAUCCUAAACUGGUGACCAAGUUAAUCUACAACUACCGUUCCCACGAGGCCCUGCUUAUGCUGCCCUCCAAGCUCUUCUACCUGGGGGAGCUGUGCUUCAAGGCUCAGAGGGAGAUCGUGGACUCCCUCUGCCAGUGGAAAGACCUGCCCAAAAAAGACUUCCCCCUCUUUUUCCAUGGUGUUAGGGGCACAGAAAUGAGGGAAGGAAAAAACCCGUCAUGGUUCAACCCAGUAGAGGCUGUGCAGGUGAUGCUCUACUGCUGCCAGCUGGCAAAGAAGCUCUACAACCCUGUGCACCCCUCUGACAUCGGCAUCAUUGCCCCCUACAGGAAGCAAUGUGAGAAGAUUCGAGUGCUGCUGUGUAAGGUGGGCUUGUCUGACAUCAAAGUGGGCUCAGUGGAGGAGUUCCAGGGACAAGAGUUUCUGGUCAUCAUCUUGUCAACGGUGCGCUCUAAUGAAUCACUGGAAAGCGAGGAUUUGCAGAGUUCGCUUGGUUUUCUGGCCAAUCCAAAACGCUUCAACGUGGCCAUCACCCGUCCCAAAGCUCUGCUCAUAAUUGUUGGAAACCCCCACAUUCUCAUCAGGGAUCCCUGCUUCAGGGCUCUGCUGCAGUACUGUUUCAGCAAUGGGGCAUAUCUGGGCUGCGACCCUCCGCAGGCCCUUAGGACUUCCCAAAUCAUUUCAGAAAACCAGUGAAGUGCGUAAGAAGAACAUGGUGUCACUGAUUCUGUUACACAUUGUUGUUUUCAUUUCCUUUAUAUACUUUUGGCUUUUUCUGUUUUGACUGUUCUUAAAGUUGGGAUUACCUCAUAACUGAUUGAGGGAAAACCUUUAGAUUUUGUAAGAGAAAGAUGCCUGCAGUUAAAAAAUUAAAGAUUAUGUCUGUACUCAA